AACAGCUGUGAAUUUUUUUUAAGGUUAUGUUUAUAAAAUUCCAACACCCCCACGGCCGCAUUUAUUCUAUUUUUAGUAGCAAUAAUCGUGGAUUUCGUUUAGUAGAACUUAUAUGUCGAUGCUAUUACGUAUUAUAAUGCAUCUGUACAUUGAUAGUGUUCCAGAUAUUAUUGAGAGUUAGUGCAAAAAUGGGUAGGAAGAAAGUUCACACUGUUGCUAAAAGUAAACACAGUACUUCACAAAAGAAAAUAUCCUCAGUGAAAAGAAACGAAAUUAAUAUUCAGUGCGAGAAAUUAUUUCAUCUUUGCAGUAAUUCUGCGUUUUUGGUGCGACUAUGGGACAACUAUCUGGAGAUAUCGGCAGUCUUGGAAAAGGUUAAGCGUCUGGAGGAGAUGAAGACAGAGUCGACCAAGAGAUCAGUAGCAAUUGAGAAAUUUGUCAAAUGGCUCAAGGAGAAUGACGUUAAUAUGAAUGGAAUAUGUAUAUCUGAAUUCCCUGGUUAUGAUUUAGGACUAAAGGCUGAGAAGGAAUAUCUAGAGAAUCAAUUAAUUUUGGAGAUACCGAGGAAAUUAAUAUUCAGUACACAGGAAGCGGCUCCGGAACUUCAAGCCCUGCAAAAUGAUCCCAUGGUUCAACAUAUGCCACAAGUUGCAUUAGCAAUCGCUUUACUUAUAGAAAAACAUAAAGGAAAUUCCAAAUGGAAACCAUAUAUCGAUGCUCUUCCUACAAGUUAUUGUACAGUUCUCUACAUGAACACGAACGACAUGACCGAACUCAAAGGAAGUCCUACUUUGGAAGCGGCUCUAAAACAGUGUAGAAAUAUAGCAAGACAGUAUUCAUAUUUCAAUAAGCUUUUUCAAAAUACCCAAAAUCCAGUGUCUGAUAUCUUGAGGGAUGUAUUUACUUACGAAGAAUACUGUUGGGCAGUAUCGACUGUAAUGACUCGAUUGAACACAAUUCCUAAUGAAGAUGAGACACAAAUGAUUCACGCUUUAAUUCCUUUAUGGGAUAUGUGUAACCAUGAAGAAGGAAAGAUAACUACCGAUUUUAAUAGAAGUACCGAUAGUUGUGAGUGUUAUGCAAUGAGAGAUUUUAAAGCAGGCGAACAAAUUUUCAUAUAUUAUGGACCGAGAACGAAUUCCGAUUUUUUUGUUCAUUCCGGCUUCGUUUAUCCCGACAAUAAACUAGAUGGCUUUAAACUUCGUCUUGGUAUUAGUAAAGCAGAUUCACUGCAAAAGGAGAGGCUGGAACUUUUAGAAAAAUUAGAUUUACCUUCGGUUGGGGAAUUUUUAUUGAAUCCAGGUCCUGAACCAAUAUCGGACACUUUACUCGCAUUUUUGCGUGUAUUUAGUAUGCGAAAAGGUGAACUUGAUCAUUGGCUCGAGUCCGAUAAGGUUUUCGAUUUAAAACAUAUAGACUGUGCUUUAGAGACUGUCGUCGAAGAAAACGUUAGGAAAUUUUUAUUAGCUCGAUUAAAAUUAUUAAUUGCCAAUUAUCCAACUUCUCAAGAGGAGGACGCAGAAAUUUUGAAAACAACUUUACCUCAAUUAAAAAAAUUAGCGAUACUAUUGAGGCAGACGGAGAAGAAAAUUCUUCAGAAUGCUCUUGAUUACGUUGAGCAAUGGAUCAAAGCAUAAUAAAACGCUUAUUGAAAUUAUUUCUACGUGCCCAAAGAAUUUCAGUAUAGAAUUGUCAAAUACGCGGACAAUCUCAAAAAAAGAAAAGCUUAUAGCUCUAUAAUCUUUUAUCUCCUUCAAAAAACUAUAUCAAAAAUUGUAAUUGUUUUUGCAAUUUAAAAAAAACAAAUACUAUUAUAAAAUGUUUCCUUACAAGAAACUUUAAAUUUUCGAAUCAAAUUUUGAUUCUUCAAUAAAUCUUAAAAUGUACAAACUAUUAUUCGAUUGAAACGAAAAAUAGAAUUUUAAAUGUAUUUUUCUCUAUCGCAAUUCUAGGAUUCGUUCAAAGUGAGAAAAAUGCAAUAAUGUCAAUUUUGUCAAUUGAUAAAAAAAAUAACUUUAUCUACAAAUUGAAACCGACAAUUUAAAAACUAGAACAAGAUAUACAUAAAUGCAGAAAUAUCAAUAUUAUCAGUAGAUAAAAAAAAUGUGUUUACAAAAGUUGAAAGACAUUAAAUUUCACGACAGUCUGGAAUCUCAGUGCAUAGUUUAAAUUUUAAAACUAGUUGAAACAAAUUGAAGAAAUUUAUAAAUUCUAAUAAAUAAAUACAAUGUCAUAAAUUCGACUUUAUUCUAAUAAUGAUACUUUCUCCGGAAUUGAUUAAUUGCUAACAAAAAUUAUUCAUAUUAGAACAUUAGAUAAUUAUAUAUCCACAAGUUUUAAACGUUUAAAUAAAUGAAAUAUUUUUGAAAAUUAUUUUCAUAUCUUUCUGAUUCUGAAAUAGAAUAGAAACUAAACAAAAUUUUUAUAAAUGUAAUUAAAUAUUUAUAAACUUAGUUAUAAAUUUACCUUUUUUCUUUAUACGUGACGCAAUAUUAUUGUUAAUAAAAUUUUUAUUUGAAGAAGAAAUAAAUCGUUUAUUUGAACGUUCAGAACUUUAGGAACUAGAAUCGAAAAUUAACUUGCGAUUAAAACAUCGAAUAAUAUUAAGAUUGAAAAAUUAAUUUUUAAAAACAAUUUUUUUUUGCCUUUCUAGUAUGUAAAUUGUAAAUCUUCAGAGAUUUCUACUCUCUCGAGUAUUUUAAUUGCAUAAUUAAUUCGUUUUAAUUGCAUAUUGAAUGCCUAACUUUGUGUGAGAUAAUCUUCGCUUUUUUUGAAAACUUUUACAAACAUGUAUUCAAAGAAUGAAUUUAAUUUUUUGUUGUGACUGAAAUGUGAAUUUGUGUUACAUCCAUAAGAAAUAUUUAUUUUUAACAUUCAUCAAAUAAAAUAUUUUCCUUGUAAUUUACUAAAACUUGAAAAAAAAAUUGAAACAUUGUAAAAUCAUGUUACGCUUUUCAUACAUAAAUAAAAACGAGUUACAGUUAA